AUCAAAUGUGUCUCUUAAUUUUUUUAUCUUGAGCACCAGACGUGUUAUUAGAACAGAAUCUCUACAUGGAUUUCAGUCACACAUUGAAAGUGUUGUCACCUUAUCCUUUCUAGCACGUACUUUCACAGUGUAGUUGUCCAUGAUGCUUAGGUUUGUUAACAUUAGGCAGACCUGUAAACAGUAGCAUAACGUUAAGUUAGCUAACGUUAACGCUAGUUAAAAAUAACUAUUCGUUCUCUGGUUCACUGACUGUUUUGUAACGUUACACCUAACAUGGCCUAAUUGCGUGAAAGUAUUCAGAUUAAAAGCCCGAGCAAUUUAAGCACUGAGGGAACUAGCACUACAGAAGAUUUGUAGCAUUCUGUAACGUUAACUUCUCAGACUUGGGAAGAUACCAGCAGACUGUCGGAUCAUUCAUGAAAGGGACAAACUGAUAUAUCAAGGAUAAGGAGAAACGCAGCAAAGCAGUAUAAGGCGCUACCCAUAAUUACAUGGUCUAGAGUUUGAAACGUAUGAACCAUCAUGUGGCUGCAGUGUCACCUUUGACCUGUGCAUAUUGAAUAGGCUGCCUAGUCUACGUGGUUCUAAACAGACGAUUUAAACGAUCGUGCUAGAAAGGCAACUCUCAUACAUGCAAUUUUGCAGAAGACCUUUAUAAUGCAUAUCAGAUAACAAUAAAACGUGUGGCGUGUAAACAAAAGCCGUAGGGAAGAUGGAAGAUCAUCACCCUAAGAGAAAGCGCCGCCCCAAAUUCACAGAUGACGAGCUGUUUGCUCUGGUGUCUGCUGUGUCUGAAAAUCAAGAUGUUUUGUUUGGGAAGUUUCAUUUGGACAUUGGCCGUCAAGCCAGAGAUCUGAAGACUACUGCUUGGCAGAACGUGACCGAUGCGGUCAACAGUAUCAGCGAUGUGCAGAGGAGCGCAGUCGAAGUUAGGACCAAGUACAAGUACUUCAAGUAUGAUGUCACCAAAAAAGCUACGAAUGAGAAAAGGCACCAAGAAGAAACAGAUGGAUAUCUGUCAAAAAAGAUUUUUUACACCCCCGCUGAGAAGGCCCUGCGGAGUCUACUUGAGGUGCACUCACUGUUAGGGACCUCUGAGGGGCCUUUUCUUAAUGACGUGAUGGCACUGGUUGUGGAAGAGGAAUCACAUUCCCCAGAGCCAGGGAAACCACUAGAGUUGCCUUCUUGCUCUGUUCCUGCAGUAGGGCUCCCCGCCGAACCAGAACCAGAACCGCCGACAGUCACUACGGCAACAUCUACAUCACGGGCACCAACAACGAAUCAUCUGUUGUCAAGGCGACGAAGACCAAGGCGGACCUUUAAACAACACCAAAGGCAUCUUCCUAGCCAUCGGAGAACGAGGAAGGAAAUGCUUGUGGUGCAAAGACAAAUAAGAGAUUUGCUGCAGGAUAUGAACAACACCAUAGCCACUGGCUUCAGAGAUAUUGCAGCAGCUAUAAGAUCUGUGGCAGACAACAACAGUCAUGCAUAAGUCAGAGUUAGAGCCCUUGACUUGGUUUUGGUUUUGGGGGGUUAGUGUAUGGGAUCAAAAAUUAUAUUUUCUAAACAUAAUUUCGGGAGAAACCAUUAAAAAUUAUUAGCAUCUCAAUUACCACAUUUUCGCUCUCAUAUGUCCUUUUCUACAUUUCCUUUUCCUAUAUUUAAGCCCGUUAUCCUGUCCUGUAAUGCCUACGCCACAUGCCCACUGACACAAGCACCAUUCUCUACCUUAUCCAUAAGGUAUCUGAACACCUCAAUACAGGUGCUAUAGGCAUCCCAAGACCACUUCUAAGGAAUUUCUAAGCUCAAUUUCAGACAUUCUGAUGGACACUAGUGAAUCAUUUUGUUCCAGAUAUGAUGUAUGAUUCUCGAUCUCUUACUUUUGGCCUUACUUUUGUACUUGCAUAUGAUCCUUCCAUCCUAAGGACCACAAUGGAAACAAGCCUUUGGGCUUUGUCAUGUUUUUAUAUCCUUUUGAACACUUCUUGUUGAUGGUUCAAUAAAGUUUCAAUCAAAAAUCUUUUCUUUUUACAUCAUUUAAUUUUUUUGUGGAUUAAAUCAACAGUAUGUCCUUUUUGGUUUGAGUGAAACUUGGUUUAGAAAAAGGCUAUUGUACAUACUAAAAUGCAUUUAAAAAAAUUUUUUGUACUAAAUUGGUUUCACUUCCUUUGGAUACAUUGUAUUGUUUAUGUACAACACAACUUAUGUCAGGACUCAGGAAUCAAAGCAAGCAUAGACUAGGAAGAUACUGAGAAAACAAAUAAUGUUAGUACACAACAAAAUGAUACACAAUUUUGUUUACGAACUGUGAGAGUUGUUUCUCGGACGUCAUGUCACUGCAUACACUGUGAAAGAUCUUUUUAGAUGGAACACUGCCAUAUGUCUGAACUUGAAGCCAUCUCGGCUGUAGCUGUCCUCCGUCAGACAUAUUGGUCCUCCGUCAUACAUAUUGGUUUUCUGCCAAUACGCGAGUGACCUUCUGCCACACUAUCAGUGCCAGCCACCUAAUCAGUGAAAUGAGGGUCCAAUUUGUUUUCAGUCCACUUCAUAUGAACUACUCAUGUGUUUUACACUUUAGACUGAUCUCAGGUCAGGAGCUUAACUAUGGAUCAGAAUUAAAAAGGGAGUUUAUCCUUACACAAUCAAGAUGUUAUUUCUCUCAGUUCUCAAACUUUAUGCACAAGUUGACUUGACUUAGUUAUUUCUCUUUGUGCACUCUGUCUUUUUAUUAUUCUAUGUUGUAUUUUAUGUCUUUUAAAGAUUGUAUGUACUACUUUUAAAGCAUUUUUAAACGAUUGCCCUUUUAUGUACUAUUAUUUGCCUUUGUUUAUGUAAAGCACAUUGAAUUACUCCUGUGUACGACAUGUGCUAUAUAAAUAAACCUGUCUUGCCUUGC